AUGCAAACCCUUUUCCACUUCCACAUUGCUGAAUCCAGGUGUAGAAUUUCUGUCCUUGGCGUAGAAAUAGCAUUGCUUCUGGUUUCACAGCUCCAGCUAUACAGCCAGACAGCAGGAUGGAACUAUGUAGAAGGAUCUUGGCAAGGGAAUUUUGAGACAUGGGUACAGGAUCCUUUACAUGUAAGACCUAUUGCUCAUGCAAUUUGGGAUCCUCAUUUUGGUCAACCUGCUGUAGAAGCUUUUACCCGAGGAGGUGCUCUAGGCCCUGUUAAUAUAGCCUAUUCUGGUCGGGUUGGUUACACCUGCAACCAAAAUGGAAACCAAGUGUUUCGUGGUUUAAAAAUGCCGAAUCCCGCCUCAAUCAUCAUUUGUCGGACUAUUCGGAGUAAGUUCCUUGGCUUGGACAGGGCAUUUAGUCCAUGUCGCUAUUCCGGGGUCCAGGGGGAAUACGUUCGAUGGAAUAAUUUAUUAGGUAUAUUGCCGCACCCGAGCAGGAACUGCUAUUCUAACACUUCUCGGGGAUUUCAUCCACAAACUCAAAGUUUAUGGUUGACUGAUAUUGCACACCAUCAUUUGGCUAUUGCAUUUCUUUUUCUAGUUGCUGGCCAUAUGUAUAGAACUAACUUCGGGAUUGGUCACAGUAUAAAAGAUCUUUUAGAAGCACAUACUCCUCCGGGGGGUAGAUUGGGGCGUGGACAUAAGGGUCUUUAUGACACAAUCAAUAAUUCAAUUCAUUUUCAAUUAGGUCUUGCUCUAGCCUCUUUAGGGGUUAUUACUUCUUUGGUAGCACAACACAUGUACUCUUUACCCGCUUAUGCGUUUAUAGCACAAGAUUUUACUACUCAAGCUGCGUUAUAUACUCAUCAUCAAUAUAUAGCAGGCUUCAUUAUGACAGGGGCUUUUGCUCAUGGAGCUAUCUUUUUUAUUAGAGAUUAUAAUCCAGAGCAGUAA